AUGGCUCCCUCUGCUACCGAGACCAACGUCCCGUCCGACAUCAAGUCUGUCCAUGUUGCAAAGGGUCCGAUCAAAGGUCUGGCCACCUUGGGACAUGCUGGAUCUGCCGUACCAACAGACGAGCCACUCUCCGAGGUUCUCGCUGACCACCGCGAACCCUUGAAACUUUCCGGUGCUCUCGACAAAUUCAAGUACUUUGAGUCUACACCUGUAAUCGGACGCGAGUAUGUCGAUGCAAACCUAGCCGAGAUUCUGAGGGCUCCUAACUCGGAUGAUUUGAUUCGUGAUCUGGCCAUCACGAUCUCACAGCGCGGCGUGGUCUUCUUCCGCAAGCAGGAUGAUAUCACCAAUGAUCUGCAAAAAGAACUGGUCGACCGCCUGGGCAAGCUCUCUGGCAAGCCGGCUUCUUCAGGGCUGCACAUUCACCCAGUCAUGAAUGCGGGUCGAGAAGACAACCGUGACGAUGCGAUCAGUGUCAUCUCCUCCGUCCGAGCCAAGAAGCUCUACUCGGAGAGAUUUGCCGCGAGGCAGCAGUCGCAAAAGAACCAGUGGCACUCGGAUAUCACGUUUGAGCCUGUGCCCAGCGACUACACGCUCCUGAGACUGACGCAGCUCCCUAGUACCGGUGGUGAUACACUGUGGGCCUCGGGCUACGAAGUUUACGACCGUAUCUCAAAGCCUCUCCAGUCUCUCCUUGAGACACUGACGGCCACCUAUGCGCAGCCAGGCUUCAACGAAGCCGCGGCCCGCAACAAUUUCAAGAUCUAUACCGCAGAGCGCGGGUCUCCUGAGAACGUUGGUGAGCUUCUCGAGGCCGUCCACCCUGUCGUCCGCACCAACCCUGUGACGGGGUGGAAGUCGCUCUUUGCUGUUGGGUACCACGUUCAAAAGAUCAAUGGCCUGAGCGAGGACGAGUCCAAGCACUUUCUGUCUUGGUUCUACCAGCUCAUCACGGAGAAUCAUGACCUGCAGGUCAGGCACCGUUGGGAGAACGUGAACGACCUCGCCAUCUGGGACAACCGGUGUGUAUAUCAUGCCGCAACGCCUGAUUAUUUGUUUGGCGAUUUUGGCGAGAGGUCAGGAUCGAGGGCUGUGAGCGUGGGCGAGAGGCCCUAUUUCGAUUCUCAGAGCAAGAGUCGCUUUGAGGAAACGACAAGGGCGUACCGGGAUGGAUCGAAGUAG